AUGCAAUUUGAAAUACAACCAACAAUGUCUGAAACUAUAUCAAAUAGUCAGAAUGAUAGUGAGCUUCUACAAGACAGAUUAUCCAAAAUACGAUCACAAAUCACAUCAAAAUUAGAAAAUCAAAAACAUUUAGCUAUAAUAUUAUCAGCAGUUGAAGAAAAUAUAGAAGAACAGAAAAAUGACAAAACACCAGUUGCAUAUUUUGUAUCUUUCCUUUCAUUAUUGGAUCAAUGUAUCAAAAAUGAUCAAAUUAUUGAUGACGAAUUAGCUACAACAACGGCAUAUUUCCUUGAUAUCAUAUUCCCAUUUACUCCAAAACCAUUAUUAAAACAAAAAUUUAAUGAUAUAUUAUUAAAAUUAUCUCAACCAUUAAAUUUAAAUGCCGAAGCACCAUUAGUAAGAUCAACAAUUGGAGCAAUGGAAAGUUUGUUGUUAGCACAAGACAAUUCUCAAUGGUUACAAAGAAGUGCAAUUUCUCCAAAUCGUGCAUUUAUGGCUUUUAUUGAAUUAUCAUUUGAUCCAAGACCAAAAGUUAGAAGAAGAGCUCAAGAAGCUGUUAAAAAUAUAUUACAAAAUCCACCAACUAGUCCAAGUCCAGUUCAUGUCGCGGCAUCAUCUGCUUCGGAUGCAUCAUUAAAUCAAUUAAUCACUUUAUUAAAUGAAUAUAAACAACAAAAGAAAAAUAAUCCUAAUAAGGACUUAAAUUCACAAAUCAUACAUUGUUUACAAUUAAUCACUAUUAUAACAUCAUCUAAUUCAUGGCCAGUUAAAAACAUUGAAAAAUUAUGUGAUGCAUUGUUAGAAAUUUCCAAGACUUCCGAUCAAUAUUUAGUUGGUGCAGCAUUUGAAGCAUUUGAAGGAUUAUUCAAAUCAAUGACAAAUGUAAUAGAUGUUGAAAAAUACACCAAGGUAUUAAAUGCUAUAUUUGAUUUGAAGCCAAGUGUUAAUGACUCUCAUUUAACUGCAUCUUGGUUGACUGUUGUUGCAAAAGCCUUAGAGGGAUUCAGUUCAUUAUCACCAAUUGAGUGUUUAAAAAAAAUACCACAUGUUUUAAGUAUAGUUUCACAAUUUUUAGCAUCAGAUUCAAAAGACAUUUAUACAAGUGCUGCACAAUGUUUAAUUGCCAUAAUUGUUCAAACCAUACCUGAAAAAUUCUUGUUACAACCAAAUAAAAAAUAUGAAAUAACUGAAGAAAUUUAUGAAUUAGUUGAUGACACUAUAACUUUUAUUUCAGAAUUAAUAGAAAAAGAAUUAUUUUCCAUAAAAUAUCAACACGCAACAGGUGAAAUUUUGAAAUUUGUAACAGCAACAAUCAACAAAUUACAAUCAAGAGCAAAUCCAGAUUUCCUUAGUAUUUUAGAAGUUGUUGGAGAUUGGAGAACUAACGAAGCUGAUAAUUUCCCACAUAACAAAGAGGCAGAAGAUUGUAUAGCUGCAUCUAUAGCAUCAAUGGGUCCACAAGUUGUAUUGAGUGUAUUACCAUUAAAUUUAACUGGUCAAGCUGGAGCUGGUAGAGCUUGGUUAUUACCUAUACUCAGGGAUAAUGUACGUUUUGCAGAAUUAGAAUAUUACAAGAAUGAUAUUUUACCAAGUGUUGAAUUUUUUGAAACCAAAAUUGGAGAAUCGACUAAUAAAGAAUCAAUGAAUGUUAAAAUCUUUCAAACUAUAAUUGAUCAAAUUUGGUCAUUAUUACCAAGAUUUUGUGAUUUACCUAAAGAUCUUUCAAUUGCAUUUGACGAAUCUUUUGCUACAAAAUUAUCGGAUUUAAUGUUUGCAAAAGUUGAAUUAAGAACUUCUAUAUGUCAUGCAUGGAGAAUGUUAGUUGAAUCAAAUAUUUUAUACAGAGAUGGUUUUUAUGAUGAUAAUUUAUUAUUGCAACAAGAGUAUCCAAAAGAAGAGGCUAUUAAAAAUUUAGAAUAUUUAAGUUCAAUUGCAUCUAAUAUUUUAACUGUUUUAUUUAAUGUAUUUACAUACACAAUGCCAGAAUCAAGAGGAUUUGUUUUGGAAACAAUAGAAGCAUAUUUGAAAAUUAUAUCGCCACAAGAAUUAGCGUCAACAUUUGAUAAAGUAUGUGGAAUGUUAAAAACUGCAUUAGAUGAAGAAACUCAAACCACAAAGAAGUCACAACCAGAUACAAGUAUAACAAUGAUGGAUCUUAUAGUAGCUAUGGCAAAAUACGUCCCAGAUUCAUCACAUAAUGCCCUUUUUUCCAUUUUUGCAUUAACAAUUUCAUUAGAGACAAAACCAUUAUUACAAAAGAGAGCUUAUAGAAUUAUAACAAAAUUAACUGAAUCAGAACAAGGUAAAAAAUCAGUUUUUAAAUAUAUUGGAGAUAUUGAGAACAAAAUUAUUGAAGCAGCUGAAGUUACAAAUCAAUCAGCAAGAACAUCAAGAUUACAUGCUAUACUUUUAGUUGUUGAAUUAUUACCGCAAACAGAAUUAUAUUUUAUUCCAUCAGUAUUACAAGAAAUAAUAAUGGCUACAAAAGAUGUUAACGAAAGAUCAAGAGGUUUAUCUUACCAAAUUUUGAUCAAAAUGGGAGAGAAAAUGAUUGAAGGUGGUGUUAUCGAAAAUUCAAAAGUUCCAGGAUUUGAUUCAUCUAUCGAACCAACACAAGCAUCCAUAAAUGAGUUCUUCACAAUGGUAAGUGCAGGUUUAGCUUCACAAAAUCCACACAUGAUAUCAGCAACCAUAACAGCAAUAUCAUGUUUAAUUUUUGAAUUUAAAGAUAAAUUAUCUACUGAAACUUUACUUGAGAUAUCAUCAACUGUUGAAUUAUUCUUAACUCAUAAUUCAAGAGAAAUUGCAAAAUCUGCAAUAGGGUUUGUAAAAGUUGAAAUAUUAUCAUUACCUGAAGAAAUGGUUAGAGCAAACUUAUCAGAAUUACUCGCUAAAUUAAUGAAAUGGUCUCAUGAACAUAAGGGACAUUUCAAAUCUAAAGUUAAACAUAUAAUUGAAAGAUUGAUAAGAAAAUUCGGAGUUGAAGAAGUUGAAAAUAGUAUGCCAGAAGAAGACAAGAAGUUAGUUAUCAACAUUAAGAAAUCAAGAUUAAGAGCCAAGAGAAAACAAACACAAGACCCAGAAAUAGAAGCUGGUGCUAAUCCAUCAAAUAAGAAAUUUGUAUCAGCAUAUGAAGAAGCAUUAUACGAUUCAGAUAUUUCAGAAGAUGAAGUAGAUAUAUAUGAUGAAGAUAGCACUCGUGGUAAAAACAAAAAAUCAAAUCAAUUUAUAUUAGAAUCAAACGAUGAACCAUUAAAUUUAUUAGAUCGUCAAGCAUUAGCUCAUAUUUCUUCUUCAAAACCUAAAAAAUUCACUAAAUCAGACCUCAAGCAAAAACAACAAGAUUUUAAAACCAAAAAUGGUAAAUUAAUAUUCGAUGAAAAAGAAUCAGAUCCUUUAGGUGGUAAAUCAGGAAUUGAUGCUUAUUUAGAUGCAGUAAAACAAGCUCCUAUAAGAGGCCAAAAGAAUAAAUUGAAAUUCAAAAAGACAAAAGAUGAUGAAGAUUGGUCUGAUGAUGAUGAUGAUGAUGAAAAAGAUGAACCAAAAAGAAAAAAAAGUAAAGUUAUGGGUAAAUCAAAGAUUCAAAAACCUACUAAGCAAAGAUUUAAAGCUCAAAAGAAAUUUUAG